GGAUAUAUCCAAGUGAUGAACUUGAAACCAGAACGAACCACUAAUUCGAAGGCGGCAACGGGGCUGCUUGCACAAGCUAAAGCUCCACUAGAACACGAUUAUGAGUUUAUCCAUCAAUUUUGUGGUCGCCCAACCCGUUCAAUCCAUUGUCUUUCCUUCACGAACGCCCAAUGGCCAGAUAAGGAAUUCAUCUUUAACAACAACGCAUUCUGCUACCCAAAAAGCUAUUACAACCCCCGGUAUCAAAAUUCCCAAUUCGGUUUCAGUUGAUAAAAGUAAUUCCCGUCUUGAAAUUCAGCCGCUUGUUGAUCUUCUGCGUGGUUGUGUGGAUGCAAGGUUUCUGAAACAAGCAAAGACUGUACAUGGGUUUUUGUUAAAAUCAAAAUUUUCAAACCACGAUUCUCUGGUUUUGCUUAAUCAUGUUGCUGACGCUUAUUCGAAAUGCUCCGAUAUCGAUGCUGCCUGUCGCCUGUUUGAUAAAAUGUCCCAGAGAAACAUAUUUUCAUGGACUGUCAUAAUUGCUGGAUUGGCUAAGAAUGGUUUGUUCCACGAUGGGUUUGAGUUCUUCUGUGAAAUGCAGAGUCAGGAUAUUUUCCCUGAUCAGUUUGCUUAUUCUGGUGUCUUACAGAUAUGCAUUGGCCUGGAGUCCAUUGAAUUGGGCAAAAUGGUUCAUGCCCAGAUUGUUAUUAGAGGCUUUGCAUCUCAUACUUUCGUGUCUACUGCUCUUCUUAAUAUGUAUGCAAAGUUACAAAAGAUUGAUGAUUCAUACGAGGUGUUUAACACCAUGACUGAAGUCAAUGUAGUCUCGUGGAAUGCCAUGAUCUCAGGGUUCACAUCAAAUGGUCUUUACUCAGAUGCUUUUGAUCAUUUUCUCAGAAUGAAAGGAGAAGGAGUAACACCCGAUGCUCAAACAUUUAUCAGCAUUGCAAAAGCUAUCGGUAUGUUACGAGAUGUGAACAAGGCGAAAGAAAUUAGCCGUUAUGCUUCUGAGUUGGGUAUGGACUCUAAUACUCUUGUGGGUACUGGCCUUAUUGAUAUGCAUUCUAAAUGUGGAUCUUUGCAAGAGGCAAGAUCUAUCUUUGACUCACAUUUCACCAAUUGUCGAGUUAAUGGACCGUGGAAUGCUAUGAUUUCGGGGUAUUUACAGAGUGAGUUUAAUGAAAAAGCCUUGGAAUUGUUUGCCAAAAUGUGUCUAAACAACGUACACUUGGACCGUUACACCUACUGUAGUGUAUUUAAUGCUAUAGCUGCUUUGAAGUGUUUGUCGUUGGGAAAGAAGGUUCAUGCCAGGGCUAUAAAAUCAGGAUUGGAAGUGAAUAAUAUAAGUAUUUCCAAUGCAGUGGCUAAUGCUUAUGCUAAAUGUGGAUCGCUGGAGGAUUUAAGGAAGGUCUUUUACAGUAUGGAAGAAAGAGAUUUAGUAUCUUGGACCACCCUAGUGACUGCUUACUCUCAAUGUUCUGAAUGGGACAAAGCAAUAGAGAUCUUCUCAAAUAUGAGAGAAGAAGGUUUUGCACCCAAUCAAUUUGCCUUUUCUAGCGUGCUUGUUUCAUGUGCUAGCCUUUGCUUACUCGAGUACGGUCAGCAAGUCCAUGGGGUCAUUUGCAAGGUUGGCUUGGAUAUGGACAAAUGCAUACAAAGUGCUCUGAUUGACAUGUAUGCCAAAUGUGGCAGUCUGGCUGAGGCGAAGAAGGUUUUCGAUAAAAUCUCUGAUGCUGAUACAAUUUCAUGGACUGCUAUAAUAGCAGGUCAUGCUCAACACGGUAUGGUCGAUGACGCCCUUCAACUCUUUAGGAGGAUGGAUCAGUUAGGUGUGGAGCCCAAUGCUGUUACUUUUUUGUGUGUUCUAUUUGCUUGUAGCCAUGGAGGUCUGGUAGAGGAAGGCCUACAGUACUUCAAGCUAAUGAAGGAAACCUAUGGUUUGGUCCCAGGGAUGGAGCAUUAUUCCUGUAUUGUCGAUCUCUUAAGUCGUGUGGGACGUCUAAAUGAUGCAAUGGAAUUUAUAAGUAAGAUGCCCAUAGAGCCGAAUGAAAUGGUUUGGCAGACCUUGUUGGGGGCAUGCAGGGUCCAUGGUAAUGUUGAAUUGGGAGAGCUUGCUGCUCGGAAGAUACGUUCUUUCAAAGCCGAAAACUCCGCCACCUAUGUUCUUUUAUCCAACACCUAUAUCGAAUCAGGGAGUUACAAAGACGGACUUAGUUUGCGGAAUGUGAUGAAAGAGCAGGGCGUAAAAAAGGAACCAGGAUGUAGUUGGAUCGCUGUGAAUGGUACUUUACAUAAAUUUUACGCAGGUGAUCAACAACAUCCAGAAAAAGAUAAAAUUUAUGCAAAGCUAGAAGAGUUGAGGUUGAAGGUCAAUUCUUCGGAUGAUGUACCAGAUUUGAGUUACGAGCUGUAAGACGUGGACCUCGGUUAAGUCAUACGGGUACGGAUGGAAGCCCCGGUCCUCUCGACCAAAUCUCUAUGGAGAAAAAUAAACGCAUCAGCCAAAGAUAUCAAAUUAAACAGUGAAGGCAAAUGAGUGCUUAAGAACUAAAUUUGGGGCUAAAGUAUAUGGGACUUACAGAUAUGAUUGUCUGCAUUAUUCAUCUCCUGCAGGUUCUGAAAUAUGUAUGAUGAUGUACAGCAUUAGGAUUAGGGGAAUGACGAAAAGCGCCACAGACCAUGCUUGGUUCUAUGAAGAUCUUUUACUUUUUGACAAUAUGAUUGCUUUAUUGGGUGAAGGCUUCAGAAGUUUGACCUCUUCUAUAGUAAUACAUUGUUAUGGUGUUCUAAUAUGGAAUCAUAGAGCCUUUCUGCUUAUGAUCUUACUGGGGUCUACCGAACUCGUCGUACUCGAAAGUAGCAAAAAUUAUUAUUACAUUACAUGAAUAAGUUUGGGGAAAAAUUUCUCCCUCUGA